ACAUAAUUAGUGUUAUAUUGACUAACCCCGAGUUAGCAAUAGCAGACAUGUUAUUUUUCGCUCUAAUAACUACGAAGAAUCUAUAAAUACUAGGAAUUUUCGUUAAUUAAUACAGUGUGUGAACGUCUUGUGUUGUGGUGGCUUAAAAUGCGGUUAAUAUGUUUUUGGUGUAUGGUGGUGACGGCUGCGCACGCGCAGGAGUAUUACGCGCCGCAGACAUUUAAGCAGGGUAACCAAUUAUUUGAACCAAGUAAUCUCCCAUGGAACUCGGCCUUACGGAAAGCGAAUGAAGCUGGCCCCUACUACAGAGGUAUGUUCUCAACCGAAAAGGACGCAGACGCAGCCGGGUCAGUGUCACAGUCUUGGCGGCCAGGGAACGAAGCGCCGGUUUAUGAAGAUUAUCGUGAUAAAGGUUAUACUGGUCCUCAAGAAACCAAGCCAGAAUCGUGGCGUCUUCCGUACGGGCUGUCUAAGGAACAACAGGCCUCAAUCCUCCACCACAAACAGUCGUUAAGCGCGGAUGGCGCCUUCCGUUUUGAGUACGCAUCUGACAAUGGGCUAGCAGCUGGUGAGAUGAUAGAGCCAGAUGGCUCCAGGGUGGGAGCAUAUCAGUAUAAGGAUCCGAGUGGGCAGUUAGUUAAACUGAAGUAUAGAGCUGGGAAGGAGGGAUUCCAGAUCUUGGAAGGCAGCCAUGUUCCCAAGAGCCCUCAGCCAGUACCACCACAAAAUACAGAUGCGUAUUAUCAGCAAGCGUACGAUCAGCAACGAAGGCAGUACGAUGUGCAGCAACAGUACAAUCAGCAACGACCUGAACCAACUCAGGGACCAAUAGACCCCCGUGGGGCGGGACAGAACUUCGUACAAAAUUGGAGGCCGGAAGGUGUAAACGAUGGACAGUACCGUGAUAAUGACAUCGACCCCAACAGGCCGCAUUCGUUCGGCGAGGGUUAUGCGUUCGCUUUUAAAGGAAAGAAUUAUUGAAGGCCACUUAUUCCUAGUUAUAAUUAUUGUAUGUAAAAGAGUAAAUUUUGAUGACAU